AUGCCGCUCCUCCCGCCUCCCUAUACUACCAAGACCGCCGCGCCCGUCGGCCGCUCCCAAUCCACCAAACCCACGUCGCGCUCCCGCUCCCUCAGCGUCCGCGGCCGCUCCCGCGAUACUUCGACAUCCGUGCCACCGCCGACCAAAAAGCACCGCUUCACGCUCGCCUCGCUGCGCGGGAACUACCAGCCGGAGCUAUCGCGGCGGCUCUACCGACUUAUCAAGUCGGAGAACCACGUAAUCGACUCGUACGAGGCCGCAGGGCACGAGCGACAGUCCAUCGCCACGCAACUCAGCGAAUGGGGCGAGCAAACGGGCGACGACGCCGUAAACGAGCUCUCGGACAAGCUCGGUGUGCUGCUGUCGGAGCUCGGCGCGCAGGAGGAGGCGUUCGCGCAGAACCUUGAGGAGUACCGCAGCGUGCUGAAGCAGAUCCGGAAUACUGAGAGCAGUGUGCAGCCCAGCCGUGACCAUAAGGCGAAGAUCCAUGACGAGAUACGGAAGCUGCAGUAUAAGGACCCGACGAGCACGCGCAUCUCGCUGCUCGAGCAGGAACUUGUGCGUGCUGAGGCGGAGAAUCUGGUUGCCGAGGCGCAGCUCACGAAUGUUACGCGGAGUAAGCUGAAGGAGGCCUUCGCGGCACAAUUCGUGGCCGUCAUCGAGCGCGCCGAUAAGCAAACGAUGAUUGCGCGGCACGGCCUGCGGAUGCUCAACCUCCUCGACGACAGCCCGGUGGUUCCAGGCGAGACCCUCCCGCCAUUCGAGUACGAGCGUGAGGCGCGCCAGAUCAUCCUCGAUGCCGAGGAGGAACUCAAGGAGUGGUCGCUGAACAUCCAGGAGGAGCUCACGACGAACGCACAUGUGGUCGAUGGCGGGGUUGUCGACGGACUGGCUGCGGCAAGCGCCUCCAGCUCCGCGUCCGCAACUUUUCUGGGGAAAAGCGCGGCUCCGCCCGCCCAUCUAGUUCAUCCUGCGCAGAGACAUGUCAGCUUCGGCUCCCAGAGCAGCGGGAGCAGUAGUGGUGGAAGUGGAAGUGGGUACAGCAGUCCGUGGGACGCGCCGUACCCACUGUCGGAGGGCGAGAGAUCGGUGGCGGCCGGGAAGGCGGCGCUCAAACAGCAGCAGUCGAUGGGCCUCCUGGUGUGAGGAGGGGUUUACGUGCUCAGGAACCUUUCCCGUUGUUUCUCUUUCUCCAUCUGGCGUUGGUUUAUUCUUUGGGUGUCUUUGUAUCAUAGAUUUCAACUUGCUUAAUGUGGU